AUGCUUUGUGGCUGUGCCGUAACCCGGGUGUAUGCAAGAAUCCCUGUUUUGAUCACGUUGGCUGGACAUCGAUUGGAAGCUAAGUAUAAGUCAGCCACCCUGGACAGAGAUCCGGCGCCGCCGGGUGUUCUCGAGUAUUUCCUCACAAUGGGCACUGUAAAUUUGCAUGCUUAUAGCGAUUCUCUUGAUGUGACCUUCCUUGAAUCUCCCAUUCCGUCAGAACGACAAGAGAAAAUCGUCACCCAAUUCUGGGGUAGUACUCACACUUAUCAGACCCCUUGUUUUCGUUUAUACUUUCAGUAUUAUACUGAACAAUGCAGAAUUGUGUAUCAGUCCCAUGGUACCAAUCUUGCCAUCCGCACCCACCGACAUAUUGUGGAGCUUGCGUCACGUAUUCAAGAUGGACUAUCACGUUCUGAAGUCUAUGAAUUUGUUGAAAAGUCCCAGUGGACCAGUGCUCCAGCGUCAAUAGAUUCCAUCAACGCGUCGAUAGACCUGACCGCCCGACUUCUCUAUAUGCUCGACAUUGGUGAAUUUCGAAAUGGGCAUUCGGGGAGAAACCCGCUUCUAUGGGUCCAGGGCUCUCUAGAUGACUUUUUGCGGGAGAAUUUGGCGGAGGCAAACUCCGAACCCGAUGAUGGGAUUAAAUUUGAAAAAUCAUUCAAUCUCAUUCGCAUGGUUGGCAUCGCGGGAUUCGAUGUGGAGCUAACGUCAAAUCUUUCUGAUCAUCUUCGCUUCAGAGACUCCGAUAAGACUGUUAAAAUCUUCCAUCAUGCCUCGUUUCUGGAGGCUCACAAAAAAACCUCGGCAUAUCCAUCAGGUCUCGUUGAUGAGACACUGGCGACGCUGGCCCUCUUCUUCCCAAAGGGUGACAAAGAGACCGAGAGGUGGUACAAAAAGCAAGGCAAUGCCGAGGAGCUUGACAAAAGUAUAUUGAGGCGUCCGAAGAUUGACUUGGGGAUAAAGGAAUACCGAUACUGGCACGAUCGCCUUGUCAUACUCAAGACAGAAUUUGACGAGUCUCGCCCAUCAACAAUCGCGCAAUGGUGGAAUGACAGACGCGAUGUUAGUCAGUGGUAUCCAUUGUGGGUAGCGAUCUCCUUGACCGUCUUAUUUGGCCUUGUUCAGAGUAUCGAGGGCGCGUUGCAAGUAUACAAAGCAUUCAAUCCUUAUUUUUCCGGCGGUGGAUAA